AUGUCACAAAGAAUUGCAGAUAUUAUUUCUAAGAUUGCCGUUCCAGCCGGUGUAGCUAUCAUGUUAGCUCAAUCAGCAAUGUAUGAUGUUCCAGGUGGUAAACGAGCAGUUAUAUUUGAUAGAUUACAAGGGGUUCAACAAACUGUUGUUGGAGAAGGUACUCAUUUUUUAAUUCCAUGGUUACAAAAAGCAAUUGUAUUUGAUGUUAGAACUAAACCAAAAACAAUUGCCACUACUACUGGUUCAAAAGAUUUACAAACUGUUUCAUUAACUUUAAGAGUAUUAACGAGACCUGAAGUACGUCAAUUACCUAAGAUUUAUCAAAGUUUAGGUUUAGAUUAUGAUGAAAGAGUCUUACCUGCUAUUGGUAAUGAAAUCUUGAAAUCUAUUGUUGCACAAUUCGAUGCUGCUGAAUUAAUUACUCAAAGAGAAGUUGUAAGUGCAAGAAUCAGACAAGAAUUAUCUAGAAGAGCUAAUGAAUUUAAUAUUCAAUUGGAAGAUGUUUCAAUUACUCAUAUGACUUUUGGUAGGGAAUUCACCAAAGCUGUUGAACAAAAACAAAUUGCUCAACAAGAUGCUGAAAGAUCGAAAUAUUUGGUUGAAAAGGCUGAGCAAGAAAGAAAAGCAGCAGUUAUUAGAGCUGAAGGUGAAGCUGAAGCUGCUGAUGUUGUUUCCAAGGCAUUGGCUAAAGCCGGUGAUGGUUUAUUGAUGAUUAGAAGAUUAGAAGCUUCUAAAGAAAUUGCUCAGACUUUAGCACAUUCUCCAAAUAUCACUUAUUUACCAAAUGGUAAAGGUGGUGAAGGAGAUGAAGGAUCCAAAAAUUCAUUAUUAUUAAACAUCGGUCGUUAA